UCGGCUGUCGCGUGCCGGUGUUGCUGCUAGCUCAGUUUAGUUCGUUUCACUUGAACUUUCUCUGAUUAAACGCUUUAUUUCAUCAGUAACACUUGAAUACACACACACUGGGAGGUUCAGGAUGAGUGUGUGUAUGCCUCAGAAGAAGUUUUAUCGGCAGAGAGCUCACUCUAACCCCAUGGCUGAUCACACAUUCGAGUAUCCCGUGUGUCCAGAGCAGAUGGACUGGUCUCAGCAUUAUCCUGAGUAUUUCACCUCAGAUGAACAGAUGGAGAUAGGACGGAGCACUCGGGUGGAGUUCGCUGAUAUCGGGUGUGGAUAUGGAGGACUGCUGGUGGAGUUAUCUCCGCUAUUCCCUGAUCAGCUCAUUCUGGGUUUGGAGAUUCGGGUUAAAGUCUCAGAUUACGUUCAGGACCGAAUCCGAUCGCUCCGAGCCUCAGAACCGGGAAAAUACCAGAACAUAGCCUGUCUCCGCAGCAACGCCAUGAAAUAUCUCCCCAACUUCUUCACUAAAGGACAGCUCAGUAAGAUGUUCUUCCUGUUUCCGGAUCCACAUUUCAAAAAAACAAAGCACAAAUGGAGGAUCAUCAGUCCAACUUUAUUAGCGGAGUACGCAUACACACUCCGAGUUGGGGGUUUAGUUUACACCAUGACGGAUGUAGAGGAAGUGCACGUGUGGAUGGUGAAACACUUUACAGAGCAUCCGCUAUUCAGCCAAGUGUCUGAGGAGGAGCUGAAGGAUGACAUCAUCGUGGGCCGUUUGGGGACGUGUACAGAAGAAGGGAAGAAGGUGCAGAGAAAUGGAGGGAAGAACUUCCUCGCUGUGUUUCGCCGAGUCGAGGAUCCGAGCUGAAACAUUUUCAUCUAAACCCCAUACUGAUCACAUGACCAUCAAAACCCUGGAGUGAUCACAUGACCAUCAAACCCCUGGAGUGAUCACAUGACCUCCAAAACCCUGGAGUGAUCACAUGACCACCUGAGCUAUGAACAUACCAUUUAACUCUGGGCUGAGAAAGUUUCCACACAUCCUGUUUUCCAGAAACAAUUCAUGUUUUACACAGUUACAAUCUGAUUAGUUUUUUUGUGGAUGAAGUUCUAAAUAUUCCGUUUUAUUUCUGCUUCAGUCCUCAGUUCAGAAUUGUUUAAGUAAAUAAUAAUCAAAUAAAUAAAGCACCUUUUUAUGUUUCUGUUUCCUAAGUGUUUAACGGAAAUGUAUUUUAUUCUGAAAACUGGUUUAGAACAGACCUCUGCAGUGUCACACACCGGUUAUGGGUCAGAACUCGUUGCUGUUCAGGCAGAAAGUCGUUUUUUCCCUUCAGUCGUCUGCUUUUUUCCUGAGUUAGCAGUAAGUUAAUCUCUCUCUCUCUCUCUCUCUCUCUCUCUCUCUCUCUCUCAGAGAUACGCCGCUGUGUCCGUUCCUCUGCCCUUUACUCUUUCACCCACAAACCUGAACAGAUUUUUCCUGAAGUCCAUCUUUCUGUUCUGUGAAAACUGCUUUAAUAAAGAGACCGAUGUGCUCUUUAAACAUUCUCUCUAAACAUUAGCUCUUCUUCCAAAUGAUUUUUUUAA